CGCGAAGGUCUUAAUGCUCGUCUAUGGGCGAUAUUCAUAGUCCGCAUUCUUAUAUUUAAGAUCCUUGUUCAACCAAUCAAGAGAUGCUAUGCGAUCAUUUGAUUGGUUGAACGAGGUCUUAAAACGAUCAUAUAAGAACCAAUUGUGAAUACCGACCUAUGUAUUUUAUAAGCUCCCGUAAACAAUAACCUAAAAUUUGUGCGAUAAACUUCAUAAAGGUGUAACGAAUUAGUUUUAUAAAUCGUAUAUUAUUUUCGACGAAAUAUAAUUCCUGAACAGUCUUAAAUUUGUAAUAUGUCGAAUAAAUUCGUACAUUCUGUUACGGUCCCGCGUAUUUACAAAUUUACGGCCAACAUUGUACGUCGCGUACAAGAGGAUGGAGCAAGCCUAAAAACUCUCAUUUACGAAAAGAAUCAUCCUAAUAAAGCUGGCAUAUAUGGUCUCUCGAUGAAUACUUUGCGAAUGCUGCCUCACUUAGACCAACUCUUCCACAACACCCACAUUCUUAUAGAACAACCGCGUUUGGAUCCCUGGCUAGCUAGAGUCCUCAUAACAGAGCUUUUAUGGGGCAAAAAAUGCCUAAAGGGCCAUUCUAAACCAGUUUUAACUGUGCUAUCUUAUGAGAAGAAGUUACAAGAAGAGUUGAAAAAUCUCAACUACAUAGAAACUCUCAGCUCUCAUAAAGAAAAAGUAGAAAUCUUUUUCUUCAUGGUCCUGAUUAUUCGCAACUGCAGAAUACUGUCCAGUAGACAGAAUAAAGGAGCUGCUGGAAUCAAUAACCUGCGGGAUCGUCAAAGAUCCUGUCGUCAGGAGCCAAGUUGUGAAAAAAAGAAUAACUGUGCGAUGGGUCUAGUGGAAGUUCUGGGAACAUUGUUCCUAUAUAGUGUUGCCAUGUUUACUUUACCGUUUGCUGCCUUCUUUGGGGUACAACAUUUCAUGACAUUAGAAUUUCAGACCGACACUUUUGUGACUAAUUGUGUUUCUGUGUUAGCUGCUGUAAUCACGGUGAACUUAAUUAUUUCUUGUUAUGCUUAUCAGGCUCUGCACGAGUCUAUUGAAGAGAAAGAACAGAGUGAAGAUGAAAUUAGAGUAGAAUCUAAAGAAAUGCAAAAGCCUCGAUAUGUCCGUGUCAACACUCUUUUACUAUCAAUAGAGGAAGCCAUCUUUUUUGAAAAAGAGGGAUGGCAGUUACUAUCCAGGAGCACAACAUAUUCUUCAUAUCUGCAAUCCUUAUCACAAUUAUCGGAACCUCAUUUUAUACAAGACAUACAUAUAUCGGAAGUGCUUGCUUUUCCGUCCUCAACAUCCUUUCAUGAACAUGCCGGCUAUCAAAAUGGCAAACUCAUUCUCCAAGAUAAGGCUAGCUGCUUAUCGGCGCAUUUGUUAAAUCCUGUUACUGGUUCCGUAGUGCUGGAUAUGUGCGCGGCACCUGGCAUGAAAACUACUCAUAUAGCAGCAAAAUUGCAAAAUUAUGGGGAGGUUUAUGCUGUGGAAAUCGAUGCUAAAAGAUUUGAAACCUUAUCCAAACAAAUACAGACAACUCAUUCUUCCUGUGUGAAAGUUCUUAAUCAAGAUGUUUUAACUCUCGAUCCAAGACGGUACUCACAUGUGAAAUAUAUCUUGGUCGAUCCAAGUUGUUCUGGAUCAGGUAUUGUGGACAGACCAGAACAAAGCAAUAUAAAUGACAAGUCUCUGUCAAAACGCCUGCAAAAUUUACAAUCAUUUCAAGUUUAUCUUCUUAGAUAUGCGCUUUUUAAUUUUCCGAAUGUAAGAAGAAUAGUCUAUAGUACCUGUUCUCUUUAUCCCGAAGAAAAUGAAGAAGUGAUAGACGAAGUUCUUGCUGAUAUUGGCAAUGCUUAUUCCCUGGUACCAGUUAAACAGUUGCUGAAAAAUAAUUGGAUAAAUUUUAGUUCCAAAACAUAUAAUUGCGGGGAUAAAUGUUUGUAUUCAAAACCAGAUAUUGAUUUCUGCAACGGUUUUUUUGUGGCGGUAUUCGAGAGAAAUUUUAAUGUGGCUUUGCCAGAAUCCAACCGCAAAGGAGGCAAUGUAAAUCUUACUAUAGCUAAUUUGGAUAUAAAAAAAAAUGAUAUGAAGAAAAUUGAAUACAAGCAAAAACAGCGCGAAAAGACAAAGAAGAAGAAAGAAGAAAUCUCAACAAAUGAUGGACAAGUAAAGAUAUCGAGAGACGUUGAAUUUGUAGUAUCACAAGUAGAAAACAAAAUAGAGGUAAAAAGAAAUAGAAAAAACGUAAGAACAAUCGAUGAUUGUUCUUUAUCAAAUUUUAAUCAUGAAGAAAUAACAUUGAAUAAUCCAGAAGACAUUCAAAAGAAGAUAUCAAAAGACUUGAAGCAAAAAACAUCAAGAAAGAAGAAAAGAUCAAAGUAUGAAAAUUUACUUGCAGAAAAAGAUAUGGAAAUGAAAGUUAAUUAUGAUUGUGAAGAAAAGGAGCUAAAUGAAGAAAACAAAAUUGAGCCACCAAAAAAAAGAAAGAAAGAUAAGGAGAUCUUAAAAGUUGAAGAGAAAAUAAAAUAG